AUGAUCCAAACUUUAAGGAAAUGUCCAGAAUGUCGCAAAGAGAAUUGCGUAUAUUGUGAUGUAUGCAAUCCUAAACAUUGGGAAAAGAAUUUCAGAAAAUGGGAAAGUGGUGACUUUAACAUUGAUGAAAUAAUUAAAGAUACUCAACUCCAUGCAAAAAAACAAUGUAAAAUAAUUGAAUGGAUAGAAUUUUCAAAUUUUAAAGAGAUUGAAUACAUUGCUGAUGGUGGAUAUGGAAAAGUCUAUAAAGCCAUUUGGAAAGAUGGUCCAAUUGAAAACUAUGAGCCUUGGGAUACUAUAAAAGGGAAAUGGAGACGAAAAGCUAACACUACAGUGGCAAUAAAAAUAUUGAAGGUAGCAAAUGGUAUGACAAGUUUGGAGCUUUCUAAUGAGAUUAAAUGCAACUUGAAACAUAAUUCUUUAUUCAUAAACAGAGUUUAUGGUGUAACAAAAGAGCCGUCAACACAAGAAUACGCGGUUGUUACGCAAUUUCAAGAAUAUGGAAACCUAAGGGAUUUAGUACGUAAAAAUCAUGGUCAAUUAAGUUGGAGUAAAUGUAUCAACAUUCUCAGAACAAUUUGCAAUGGAUUAUCAGCAAUUCAUGCACAGAAUUAUUUACAUAAAGAUUUUCAUAGUGGUAAUAUUUUAAUAAAUAGAAAUUAUAAAACAAGUAUUGCUGAUUUUGGGCAAUGUCGUGUUACAGAGGAAAGUCAGAAUAAAGAGAAUGUGAUUGGAGUAUUACCCUAUGUGGCGCCAGAAGUAUUGUUUGGUGGUCCGUUUACCAAAGCGGCAGAUGUCUAUGGAUUUGGAAUUAUAAUGUGGGAACUUCUUUCAGGUGAAUUGCCUUUUAGCGAUAAGAAGCAUGGUACUCAACUGGCUAUUGAAAUAUAUUACAGCCAGCUACGUCCAGUAAUCCCAGAUUACGUUCCUAAGCAAUGUGAAUAUCCACGAUAUAAUCCAAAUUUAUUAAAGUCGGAAAUUGAAAAAGAAUUUAGUAUAGAGAAGGAAGAAGAAUGGAAAAACCAAUUAGCUAAAUUGGCAAAUUCUUCAAUGCCUCUAAAGAAGACAUACCAAUCAUACACUAGCAAACAUCUCGAUUUUACCAAGAUACUUUCGCAGCACUUGCAAUCUAGUAAAUAUACAUUUGAUAGCGCUCAGCAAAAUCUUGAUUUAGCCGACUUCGAACCCGAAGUACAGUAA